AUGGAAGUACCACGUUACUGCGAGCAUAACUACAUGGGAAAUAUCCCAAUGGAUGGGGACACCCAUAUAAAUUCAUCGCAUAGAGAAAGUGCCAAAUGCGAUCUGGCAUGUGAAAGAGCUAUGGGUGAAGUUGCCUGGGGAGGUGCUUUCCAAAAGAUGAAGCUGGUUGGAAGCCCCCCCAAAAGGGAACAUUUAGAAAUAGCACACAUUUCGGCUCUUCAAACGGAGAAGAUGCAGAAUGAACGUUUAAACGAGGCAAAUAAUGAAAUGAGAAGAGACCUACCCGAUAAUCGAAGUGAUCACUGCCCCAACACUGCUGAGUACUACCACUACUGUAGAGGCUUAGAGACGGCUCAUGAGAAAGAGGAAACACAAACUGUUAUAGACAUGCAUCAGACGUUUUUGUUCUCUGGCAAAGGCACCUACCCAGGCAAGUUGCCCGAAAAAGAUCAAUCAACAGGUAGCCCAAAUGGUCCAACUGGGAGAACGAACAAAUAUGAAGAGAGCUGUCAAAUGAACCCAAUGAAAAAAUUGAGCAAAAAGUGUUUAAUUGGUAACUGUCCAAAGGAUGAACCUUCCGACUGUGAAAAAAGUACAGAAUACAAUUCGGCAAAAAAUAUUUUAAGCACAUUUGAAAAUGGUGUAUAUGUCGAUUCGGAGCAGACCUUGCCACUGGAGGGUACUGACAGCGACGCGUAUUUCACCAAAGAAGCGUUAAAUAGUAUGAGCUCUAUAAGCUAUCAUCACUACGAUUAUCCUCCAAAGGGGGAGGACCCUGGACUAGUAAAUAGUGGUACGCACAUUUUUUGCGACAAAAGGGAUCCGCUCACCCACGAUAAAGAAAAACUGUUAAUGCUCCAACAGAGGGGGAAUAAUGCACAGCGUUCGAAUGAGUCGAGGAUUCCUUGCACACGCAGACAGAACGCUGCAAGCAUUUGGGGUCACAAAAUUUCGAAAGAGCAACCACGAAAUGAGAAGACUACUUAUUACAAUUACGAACUGAAGGGGGAAGCCUUAAUGUGUGAUGCCUUGAAGGGAUAUGAAAAUAAUGGGCCCAAUGUGACAACCGUAAAUAUAAAGACAGAUGUGAAGAAGCACCAUCCUGUUAAUAGCAGCUUAGCAGAUUGCCCCAAAGGUGAUUGGCUAUGCCUGAAUAAGGCAACCAUGGGAAGCGCUGAUAUUAACAAAGAUUUUCAUCAUCCUAUGAAUGACUCUGUUCUGUUUAAUGGACAGGUGGUGCAUGAUGAUGAUUCCCACAAAUUGGCCUCCAUCUCGAACAAAAUUAUGACACGUAAUUUGGCAGGGAACGAAGAAGGUAAGAACGAUUCGUAUAUGACACUCGGAGCGUAUACCCCGAUGAACCAGUUUGAGAAGGCAAAAGAGGUCCAGCCAAACGGCUUCAUCGAUGCAAAUUACAAUACGUGCGCCCUGUCCAGAUCGAACUUCUGCGAAGAUCCUGUUGAUCUGAUUUCUGACAAGACAUAUUACUAUAACAACAAUGUGAAUAGCACCUUUCUAAAUGGUGCACCAAAUGCAUACGGAGUUAGACAAAGUAAAAGCUGCGUUCUUCAUGCUGACAACUCGUGGAACCGUAGCACGCCCUCCUGCAAGAAUGCCUCGUCACAAGAGAUGGGAUCUCCCAGUGUAACAACUCUGCCAAAUCAACACACUACCCCCAAAACAGCCGCCUUUAAUGGAGAAGACGAACAUAAUAUGAGCCCAACUAUGUUUACCAAAAAAAUGAACCACGCAGGUGGAAUUUUCCAAGGCAGCCCGAAACAGACGAGCGGGAAGAACUACCUUAGCACAUUUGUACAAAACGACUACCAACUCGACGAAAUAAGAAGCUGCAUUCCAGAACGGCAUUUAUAUGGGAACCAAAAUUAUAAUGUGCCCCAAAUUAUUCAAGGGAUAACGACAAAACAGAAUAAUGGAAUUGUGUCCGAGUGUAAUCAAGACACCAUCAUCGAAUAUAAUGAUAAAUGGCGAUUAGUGAAGGGAAAGGAAUUCGCCAUAAACCAGGUGGAUAAUUUUAAAUCAGUAGAAGAUUCGGCAACGUAUUUUCAAAACUAUUUAGCUGAACAGAACGAAAAUACAAAAAGGAUGCUUAGGAGAAUUAAUUUUAAUUCCCUGACUGGAAAAUUUAGCAUAAAUUCUUUACGUGAUGAUGAUAGUGAAAAUGGAAGGCAGCUCAGCAAAGUGUAUGAUUAUAAAGAUACGCUGCGCUCCUAUCCCGCCUACUAUGGCAUAUCCCAACAUAUGUACUCUGGCAGAAAGGAAGCUUCAAAAUCUGUGGACGAAAAAAGCAGGGGAAUUUUCCAAAAUGAUAAUCGUACUGAUUGUAAAAAUGUGCAUGAACAAACGCGGAAGAAAAAAUCAGUUGGGAAAAAACCAAACCUUGCCUUAUGUGGUGGCGGUGGUGAUUAUCAGGUAAUCCAUCGAAUUCAAGAUUUUGUGUCCCAAAAAAUGAGCGAUUACGUUAACGUAAGUUUGGUGUAA